CUGCAACCCACACUGAGCGUCGGCGCGAGACUGACGAGUCCUUGCUUCCGACGACACAUCAUUCAGGUAGAGGACGGCAACGCAGCACAACACACAAUGGCCGACGAGAUAGUGGCAGAACUAAACGAACGAUUCGGCUCGGGAAACAAAGAUCUCGAGGCCGAUCAAGUCGCCGAGCUCAAAUCCAUCAUGCGCCUGCACCAGUUGUCGGUCCAGGACCUGUUCUUCAAAUGGGAGUCGUACGGCAUGAAGAUGGGCAUGGACGACUUCCAACCCUCCAUCGACAACCUCCGUGCAUUCAAGCAGAACCUGCAAGACGAGCUCGCGCGCAGCAGCCGAUCGCAGCAGGCACACAUUAAGACCGAGAGGCGAGCUGGUGCAACCCCGCGGGUGGGCAAGGGUGGCGAUGUGUUUGGGAUGCUGGAUGGCCUGGCAACCCCGGCCCAGGGGCGGCCAAACGGUGCUGUCAAGAAGACGCCCGCAACCUCGCGGGUCAAGGCAGAGCCGACAAGCUCGCCAUUGAAGGUGGAAGACCAGGCGAAUGCGACAGGCGAAGUGCCACCAUCAUCAUCAUUUAGCGACAGACCCAACGCGGGAGAAGUGCUAGAGAUUCUCAAUGAGCAGCUCGAGGCUGCCGAACCCCCAAUCUCCCCUUUCCCCGAAUCCCGCAUCAAGCUCGCCGCGACGUCAGACCAGAAGAAGCUCGGAUACAAGGGGUUGGCCAUGAAACUCUCAGAGGCUUCCGAGAUCCUAGAUGUCCGGAUAGAGGAGUUCGCGGCCGAGGUUAUGCGACACCACAAGCUGGAGGAAUUGGCAUUUGGAAGUCCCGCCAGCCAGAGCACUGCCGAGAUCAUCGCGGUUGGCCGUAUCGCAUCAGACUCGCUGGAAGGGAAGCUGAAUGCCGCAUCGCUGGUACUGGAGACCUCGAGGCGGAUGGGCAACGGUCUGCGAGUGCCCCUGAACCUCGGCAAGCUGAAGGCGUACCAGUUCUUCCCAGGCCAGAUCGUCGCCCUCAGGGGCAUCAACUCCUCCGGCCGGGAAUUUACCGUUCACGAGGUCCUCGAAAUCCCUCUCCUCCCAAGCGCCGCCUCUCCUCCCGACGCCUUGGCCAGCCACCUGGCGCGUCUCCGCGGGGGGCCGGACGCGAUGGACUCGGACGAGACCCCAACCCUCCCCCUCACCGUCCUGUUCGCCUCGGGCCCUUACACGGCCGACGACAACCUCGACUUCGAGCCCCUCCACACCCUGUGUAGCGAGGCGGCCGACACCUUCGUCGACGCCGUCGUGCUGACCGGGCCAUUCAUCGACGUGGAGCACCCGCUCAUCGCCACGGGCGACUUCGACCUCCCGGCCGAGGCCUCGUACGACCCGGACGCGGCUACCAUGACGACCGUGUUCAAGUACCUGAUCUCGCCCGCCAUCAACCGGCUCGUCGCGGCCAACCCGUCCGUCACCGUCAUCCUGGUCCCCUCGGUGCGCGACGUGCUGGACAAGCACGUCUCGUGGCCGCAGGACGCCUUCCCGCGCCGCGAGCUGGGCCUGCACAAGAGCGUCAAGAUCGUCGGCAAUCCCAUGACGCUCCGGAUGAACGAGAUGGUGCUGGGCGUCAGCAGCCAGGACGCCCUGUGGGAGCUGCGCAGCGAGGAGCUCGUGGGCGGCGCCCGCGCCGCCGACGCCCUCUCGCGUGUCAGCCGCUACCUGGUCGAGCAGCGCCACUUCUUCCCCCUCUUCCCGCCGGCCGACAGGAGGCGGCUGCCCAAGACUGGCGCGGCAGACGCCGCGGGAGGCGGCCUGCCCCCGGGCGCCAUGCUCGACGUCAGCUAUCUGAAGCUGGGCGAGAUGAUCGACGUGCGGCCGGACGUCUUGGUCGUGCCGAGCGCGCUGCCGCCGUUUGCAAAGGUUGUGGAGAGCGUACUGGUCAUUAACCCGGGUUAUUUAUCGAAGCGGAAAGCUGCCGGUACCUACGCCAAGAUGACGCUAUACCCGCCAUCCCCGGAGGAUAUGGCAGGGAAUGGGGGACUGACUGCACACAAGAUAUAUGAACGGGCAAGGGUGGAAAUAACGAGGAUUUGAUGGGCAGAAAAACAACCGGGUAAGCACGUAUUGGGUGAGGCAUGAAGGUCCGAGGGGUAUCAGGGCUGGAUGAAUAUACUACAAAGCUGUACACUGCAUGUACGUUGAUGAAAUCUCAGAGAUGUCGUAGGCCUCGAGAGAGCCUAUCUUGCAUCUACUACUCUCCGACGCUUGUCGCUUUCAUACCGGUCCCUGUCCCGUUCCCAGGAAGGUGACCGUUUCCGCCGGUCACCCCGCUCUUCUUGUCUGGGCGAGCGGGACCGCGACCUCGACCGUCUCCUGUCAUCACGGCUGUCGUCGCGGCGCCGGUACGAGUCUCGGCGGCGUUCGUCCCGGAGCCUGUCCCGACUCCUGUGUCUGUAUCUGUCCCUGUCCCUGUCCCUAUCUGACCCCCUUUCCUUGUCUCGAUCCUCCCACCCACGAGGCUUGUUGUCCCUGCGCUCGCCCAGCGGGAUCGCGUUCGCGCCCUUCGCGCCAUCGCCGUCGCUCCUCCCCCGGUCGCGGCGGCGGUCAUCGGGCUGGAAGCGCUCGUCGACGUUUCGAUCAAAUUCCCGCCUCGGCGGCCGACCGUAAUCAAGGCGCCCCCACUGCCCGGUAUCCUCGCUCUUGAGGUCUCUGUAUUUGGUGGCGCCCUUCUUGCCGAUCUUGGUCAGGUCCCUCAGCUGCAGCGGCUUGGGCAGCAGCUCCCGGUUGACGUCGUCGGCAAACUUGGCGCCGACAAUGUCUCUCUUGUCCAGCCCGGCCGCCUUGCUCUCGUCCAGGUAGAAGGCGCCCUUGUGGAAGUACUUUUGCAUGAAGCCCAUCUUGCCGCGGCUCUCCUUCUCCUCGCGCUGCUUCGCCAGGCGCGCCUCGUCCUCGGCCUGCCGCUCCUCCUCGGUCAG